GGACUAGGCUGGUUUGGACGUCAUUGCCCAUCUGUUCUUCCGUCACCGCGAUGUGCCGCUAAGAAGCGCAGAAAAUACUCGACCAUAAUGCUAGAAGAAAAGGCAGCGAUUCUCAAGCUAAUAGAAAGUUGCCCUAAGAGUGGGCGAGAUAGCACUCCAGGCAUGCGGCCACGACCUAACCACCUGUUGUUCGUCAUCCAGGUCCUGUCAUCUUGGGUUCUGCGGCCAGCUGAUGACGGUGGAUUUACAACGUUCCCCGCUUCGUACAACGGUUGGGAUAUUAUCGACGAAACGGCUUGUUCGGACCACGUCGGGGCCUGCGGAUUCCCGUUGGUUCUAACGGCCGCCGGGACAUUUCAUCUGGCAACGCCGUUCUAUGUGCGUGUAGCCCCAGUGUCAUCAACAUCACCGGAACCUUCCUGCAACGCCCCUUUUGCCAACCUCGUCAGUGGGCGAGAUAGCACUCCAGGCAUGCGGCCACGACCUAACCACCUGUUGUUCGUCAUCCAGGUUGGUAAAGACCGUUUUUAUUUUGAUGUGAAAAGCAAUAACGUCUGCCUGGUAGUGCUGCCUCGCCUGAGGGCCUUCUUGAAGUGUGUUGCCGACUGUUUUGAUUCGCUCUGUCUUAUUGUUCUUUUGCUGAGCGGUGACGUUGAGCUUAACCCGGGUCCGUUUUCUGAAACUCAGCUUGCGGCAAUUCUCGAUGGCCAGAGGGCCCUUAAUGCCAGCAUAUCGUCGAUUGGAGACAGAUUGGACGAACAUAUUCGCCAAACAAAUCAGCGGUUAUCUUCAAUUGAAACGAAAGUCGAGGGAUUUUCGCAACUUGUCCCCAACCUCGAAAGAUGUGAGAACUUAGUCAAGGACCUCGGAUGCAGGGCUCACUCCUUGGGUUCCAGGAUUAGCUACCUAGAAAACGCGGGCAAGCGAAACAAUAUUGUCGUUUACGGGGUGGCCGAGAGUGAGGCUGAAACGCCCGCAUUGCUAAACGAAAAGGUGAUUUUAGAAAUUUUUUAAAAGAAACUUGAUAUUAGGCCGUCGGUUAUAGAAAAAAUUCACUGGCUUGGGAGAUAC